AUUACACAUGUCAUGAUCGAUGUAAUGUGUAUGAUAUCUAGGAAGAGAGAAAAAAAAAAGUCCCAUGAUCAAAUCAAGUGGUGACACCUUGCACAGAUGACGCUAUGGCAGUUGUCGUCGUCGUCGAUGUUGGGCCGGGUGACACCAACCGUGCUCUUUAUUAUUCUUUUCGUAAAUGUAAAAUCAAAGGAACGUUCGUUUUUUUUUCUGUUUGGAGACAUGUUUUUUGUAAAGAUAUACAAUGGAAUUGAUAUAGACAGAUAGACAAAGAGAGAGAGAGAGAGAGAGAGAGAGAGAGAGGAAGUAGUAGUAGUAGUAGUAGUAGUAAGUAAGUGAGUGAGUAGGUAAGCGAGCAAGCUAUUCG